AUGCUUAAACGUUUCCAGUCAUUGUUUGUCAAGGAUGAAAGAUUGCCUAAUCACAGAACCAAUAGCAGCAAAGUGAAGCUUCCUCAUAGUUGCAGCACAGGAUAUGUCAAAGAACCGCUACUUGAUAAACCCAACAAGAUCGGCAUUGAGCCUUGUGUCACGACGAGUACAAGCAGCAAUAUCAGCACCAGCAGUAGAAUCAAACCAGCCGAUAUUGACAAGCACGUACAAAAAGGAAUCGAGUUUCAUGAAAUCGGUGAAUUAGAAAAGGCCACGCAUCAUUUUCGACAAUGUGCCAAAGAAGGUUCGCCUAUCGGCAUGUUUUUGUACGGCAUUUCUUUACGACAUGGAUGGGGCUGCAAAGCAAACAGCGCACUUGCCUUUCAAUACCUACAAAAAGCAGCCGAAUAUGCAGUGAGCGGUUUAAAGAAAAGCUGUGAUGGUAAGAAGAACGACUAUGAUGCUCUAUUUGCGUCGAAAAAAGGUGAACUAGUGAUUGCGAUAUACGAGUUGGGAGUAAGCUUUCAACAAGGCUGGGGAGUCUCUCGUAGUCGGGAAACGGCAUUCUAUUACUUCAAGAUUGCAGCACAGCUUGGUGAUGCCGAUGCACAAAAUGAAGUUGGCCACUGCUAUUACCAUGGUUUUGGCACCAAAAAGGAUCAAUUCCAGGCAGCAAAAUACUAUCGGAUGGCUGCCGAACAAGGUCGUGGUUUGAUGGGCAAUUCCUGGAUCUUCAAGUCAAAAUACGAUAACGUAGUAGUAGAAGAAUAA